AUGGGCUUCAGUGCGCUCCUGUACGCGGGCGUUGUAGUUUUGUGCAGCGCCGCUCCGUUUAAACUCCCGCAGAGAAACGAGCCUCACAACAGACCGAUCAUCGGGAUUCUGACGCAAGAGGUUGACAAUGAGUCAAUGAAAAAGUUUGGAAAGACAUACAUCCCUUCAUCAUAUGUGAAGUACAUUGAGUCCGGGAGAGCUAGAGUUGUGCCAGUUAGGCUAAACCAGAGUUUGGCAGAGCAUGAACAAAUCUUCAGGUCAAUAAAUGGUCUUCUUCUCAUCGGAGGCGCUGUGGAUCUGGAGACAUCUGACUUCGCUCACACCGCUGUGAUUUACUUCAGACUGGCCCUGAAGGCGAAUGAUGAGGGUGAUUACUUUCCCAUCUGGGGAACAUGCCUGGGAUUUCAGCUGCUCACGGUGCUGGUGGCUGGAGAAAACCUGUUGAGUAAGACAACUGCAGAGAAUGUCACUUAUCCACUCAACUUCACCUCAGAGGCUUCGUCCAGUCGUAUGUUUACCAACUUCCCAUCUGACGUCCGUAAAGCAUUGUCCCAGGAACCGCUUACUGUAAAUUUCCACCAUUAUGGAGUGACCAAAGCGGCAUUCAUGGGAAAUGAGAAAUUAAGUGGCUUAUUUUCAGUGCUCUCCACAAACAUAGCACAAAAUGGCCUUGAGUUUGUUUCUACCGUGGAAGGCAGGAAGCACCCUUUCUAUGGGGUACAGUGGCAUCCAGAAGUGAACCGCUUUCAGUGGGACCCUCUUUACAACUUUCCUCAUUCCAGUAAUGCUGUGCGCGUGUCGUCCUUACUGGCUGAAUUCUUUGUAAAUGAGGGAAGGAGAAGCUCCCACCACUUCAGUGAAGCAGCAGAAGAGAGCAGCGUGCUCAUAUACAACUACAACCCUGUGCAUGUGGAAAAUAUCUCUGCAUAUGAACAGUCUUAUUUCUUCUGAGAGACACAAUAUAGGAGGACAUUGAGAAAGACAAAGAAAGAAAACACCUGUCAAGAUAUUUCAGACAAAUGUACUGUAAUAGACCUCAUC